AUGAUUCCAGAAAUCACAUUCAACAUAGACCAUGGUUAUCUUGAAGGCCUUCUUAGAGGCUUCAAGGGUGGCAUCCUUAAACAGGCCGAUUAUCUGAAUUUGAUUCAGUGCGAGACGCUAGAUGAUUUGAAGCUUCACCUGCAGUCAACUGAUUAUGGAAAUUUCCUGGCCAAUGAACCAAGUCCCCUCACUGUGUCUGUCAUUGAUGAUAAACUGCGAGAGAAGUUGGUCGUGGAAAUUGAGCACAUGCGAAUCCAUGCACUUCAGCCAUUGGCUGGUUUCUUGGAUUAUAUAAAGUACAGCUACAUGAUUGACAACGUCAUCCUGCUGAUUACCGGGACUCUUCAUGGCCGUCCCAUCCACGAACUAUUGCCCAAGUGUCACCCCCUAGGUACAUUUGACCAGCUGGCUGCUAUAAAUCUGGCCAAUACCUCAAUGAUGUUGUACAAUGCUGUGCUGGUGGACACGCCUUUAGCCCCCUACAUCAAGGAUUGUAUCUCUGCUGAAGAUCUGGAUGAGAUGAACGUGGAAAUCAUCAGAAACACUCUGUAUAAGUCCUACCUGGAGGAUUUCUACAACUUCUGCAAGAAACAAGGUGGUGCCACGGCCGAUGUCAUGUGUGAGGCACUUGCUUUUGAUGCAGACAGGCGAUCUUUCAUCAUCACUAUCAACUCUUUUGGGACCGAACUGAGCAAAGAGGACAGAAUAAAGCUGUACCCUCGCUGUGGUAACUUGUACCCAGCCGGACUCAAGUUGUUGGGAGAUUGUGACGACUUUGAUCAAGUGAGAGCCGUUGCUGAAUACUAUCCUCAGUACAAAGAGCUUUUUGAUAAUUCUGGCUCCAACGCUGGUGAGAAGACCCUGGAAGACAAAUUCUUUGAGUCUGAGGUACACCUCAUGAAAAAGGCUUUCAUGCAGCAGUUCCAAUUUGGUGUGUUCUACGCCUACGUUCGUCUCAAGGAGCAGGAAAUCAGAAACAUUAUCUGGAUCGCAGAAUGUGUGGCUCAGAGACACAGAGCUAAAAUCGACAGUUACAUUCCAAUAUUUUAG